AUGCCGCUUCCCUCUUUGCGCUUCCGAUCUUGGGAUUGCUCUACUGAAGUUGGACUUAUUUUUUCGCGACUACGCCAGUGGCAAGGUGGUGAUAACUUGUCGCUUGGAAUAAACGCAGAAGAGAGAACUGCUUUUCAUAAAGUACUAAACGAACGGUACCCAGUACUGGCACGCGGAGGAUGUGGUCUUGGACCUCAAACGCAGAAACAUCAGAUUGAGACUUUCAAAUGUACUUGCAGUUGCAGUAGCAUCUGGAAUAGUGCCUGCUCUCCACACGACGAAGAAAGCCAGCAUUUUUACGAAUGCCAUGUUACCCAU